AAUAAAUAGACAAAGACUGGUCGCACUCAGGAACAGGCUCACAACUAAGCCAGAAAACCUAAUAAUUAAAGCUUGUGUUUUCGUUUCCUUCUCCUCAAAAGCUCCGCCAAGAGCCGAUUGCUAGCUCUUUCUAUUACUAUGGCCAAUACCCUUUCAAAAUCCUUUUUUCAUCCCCUCUUUUUCUUCAUUUUUCUGCUCUUUUCAACUCUUGCUGCAGCAAAAUCUAAUAGUUUUUCAAGAAUCUUAUCUCCGGCGUCACUAGGCCUCAAGAAAGAGAAACUAACCCACCUUCGCUUCUACUUCCACGACAUAGUUAGCGGGCGAAACGCUACUGCCGUUCCAGUUGCCGAAGCAGCUACGACUAAGACCUACUUAUCGGCAUUUGGACUGCUGACAAUGAUGGACGACCCCUUGACCGUUGAGCCCCUCCGCAGUUCCAAACUUGUAGGAAAAGCACAAGGGAUGUACGCGUCAGCAUCACAAACAGAACUCAGUUUUUUAAUGGUCUUGAACUUCGCUUUCACGGAAGGGAAAUACAACGGUAGCAACCUUAGUGUUUUAGGAAGGAACAGUGUAUUUUCCGGAGUCAGAGAGAUGCCGAUCGUGGGUGGAAGCGGACUUUUCCGGUUUGCUCGUGGCUACGCUCAGGCAAAGACUCGUGAAAUUGACCUGAAAACUGGGGAUGCAGUGGUGGAGUAUAACGUGUAUGUGUUCCAUUAUUGAGUGAGUGUUUUCAUUGUCAUUUCUUUCAUUUUCUUAAGGCUAGUGUUUAUUUGUUUUCUUGUACCAAGAAACUGCUACUGGGUGUCUGUAUGUGUGAGUAUACGUAUAAAAGUUCCAUGGUAGGUAUAA